AUGCUUUUGCUUUUAGUAUUUUUAGGACUUUAUAAUUGUGUCUAAUUUCCAAUGACACAAAGAUGUGCUUGUAGUGAAUUUGAAGAGAAUACUUGCAGGUAUAUUUUUUAUUGCUCUUGGGAUGGGUCUUCUUGCAUAGAAAUGUAGUGCAAAUAUUAGUAAAAAUCGUUGUGUAGUAAAUUAAUGUCAAGUUAUAGUUGUAAAUGGAAUGAAGUAGCAUAAACUUGCGAAGAUCAUAAAUAUGAAUGCAGUGAAUUAACUAAAGAUGAAUGCUUUAUAUUCUUGUUUGGAAUGGAUUGUAUGUGGCAAGAUAAUCAAUGCAAGCCACAAGACUGUACAGAGGAUGACAAUUGUAAUCCUUUAAAAUGUUCUAAAAUUAAUUAAAAAUGUGGUUAAUAAGGAAGUGACUUAGACUGUUCAUCUUAAACACCCGAAACUUGUUCAAGUUUUGAUGGAGAAGGAAACAUUUGUAGUCUGAAUAAUGAGUAAGAAUGCAAAGAGUAUUAUGCUUUUUCAUAAUCUUGUUCAAGUUAUGAGGAUAGACUAGUUUAGUGUAAUUCAAUAUGCCAUUAUGAUAUUGAAACAUAAUCCUGUAUUCCAAAAGAGUGUAGUCAGAUUACUGAGGAAUCACAAUGUAAUUAUUAUUUGCUUGAUGUACCAUCUUUAGAAAUGAUUCCAUGUAUUUGGAGAAAUGAUAAAUGCAAUGAAGUUACUGAAGAAGAUUUUCAAACUUUUAAUUAAUUCGAUUGUAUUGCACAUGGAUUGGUUUUUUCCUCUUGGUAAUCUUCUACUUCUACAUGUAAAUUAUGUACUUCAUUGGUUCAUAAUCCAGAAUAUGAAUUCUAUGAAUUAUUAAUGAAUGGUAUUGAAAUUUUAAAAUGGGCUUUGGUGUAUAUUGCUCUUUAAAUAUGA